AUGUCUAAUUACGGCUUGAAGGCCCUGUCCGAAAGGGAAUGCUUACUGGGGGAGGUCAACGAUUAUCUUGACCAGUCACACCAGAUUGGGGAAUUAGCUCUCGAAGAAAUCUGUCUCGAACUUGAUCAGCACGGCAUCUGUGAUUGCCCACCACUCGGCCCGUCUGGAGAGAAGCAGCGCGAUGAUUCCAACUUCGAGCGUCUGUUGGAGGAAGCCUUCAAAGCUUUCCGCGAGCAGGAGCGGGAAAUCCUGCUCGGUGUGCCAACGGGCUUGCGCCGCCACGGCAAAAUCACCAGCGACAAGUGGUGGUGGGCUGCAGCACAUAUGCGGCACCACUUGGAGUUUUUCUUUGUCCUGAGGGGCAUUAAGCCUUGUUUGCUAUUCCAGGAUUACUCUACAAAGUACACCCCAAUCUUCAGCACUAUCAUCAUUGACUGCUUAGUCCCCAUCAUGGACCGCCUAGACCUGUGGUCCUACGGCUUCAACCUAAGCUUCUAUUCUUUCGAAUGGGUUUUCUACGACGCCCGCUGCAACAAACUACCUCAGAUUACCAAGAUCUUCCUGACCCACGCCUUUAUUGUGCGUCGCGACGACACGGGCGCCUACCCCUAUAAGGAGAACCCCUUUGGAGUCCCAGACCUAGAGGUCGCCCAGGCACUCGGCUACCCCAUCCGCGCUGACAGCCUUGAAGGCAGCCGCAUGGUCGCCAUCCGAGACGUAACAGAGAUCGAUGCCCUUGCGGCCAUGGGCAGGCCCGAGCCGCAUUGCUGCGUCGUGGGCAUGGGUUUCGAGUGCGCUGAGGGUGAUCGCAUCGAAUGGAUGAGGGUGGUGCUCCACUUCCUUGUAUGCCAGCAGGCAGCCCGCAGUGUGGGCACCGAGCUCAUCCUCUCCACCUAUGAGCACCCUGAGAUGAGCGCUUGGCUGAACCUCAACCUAGGCGUGCUGGGUGGACAGGUGGAAACUGUUGACACCAUUGGACAUGUGUCUGACGAGGACAUAGAAACGUCAGAGGAUAAACAUGGCGAUUCUCAGCAGUAG